AUGUCUUCCGACAAACGAGUUUGCCUCGCCUACUCUGGGGGUCUUGACACAUCCACCAUCCUCAAGUGGCUCAUUCUCGAGGGCUACACCGUCGUCGCGUUCCUCGCCGAUGUUGGCCAGAAUGAGGACUUCGCUGCGGUCGAGAAGAAGGCUCUGGCUCUCGGCGCCGAGCGCAUGGUGAUCGAGAACCUGCAGCAGGAGUUUGUCGAUGAGCUCAUCUUCCGCGCCAUCCAAUGCAACGCGAUCUAUGAGGAUCGCUAUCUUCUUGGAACCAGCCUUGCCCGUCCGGUCAUUGCUCGGGCGCAGGUCCGGGUUGCUCACAAAUACAACUGCAAGAUCCUUAGCCACGGCUGCACGGGCAAGGGUAAUGAGUAUGUUCGCUUCGAACUGGCUUGGAAAGCAUGCGAUCCUAGUCUCCAAAUUAUCGCUCCCUGGAGGAUGCCAUCGUUCUUCAACCGCUUCCAGGGUCGCCAAGACCUCCUGAAGUUCGCUGCUGAGAACAGCAUCCCCGUUUCGUCUACACCCAAGGCUCCUUGGUCUCAAGACGAUAACCUGGCACAUUGCAGCUACGAGAGCGGAAUCCUGGAGAAGCCAGAUAUGCCUGCCCCCAAGAAUGUCUGGACUCGGACGGUUGACCCGCUCGACGCGCCGGAUGUCCCGACCAAGUUCUCCGUGACAUUCAGGGAGGGUGUCCCUGUCAAGCUCGAGGUGGAGGGGGGCGAGACCGUCACCGGUUCGCUCGAGCUCUUCAAGGCUCUCAAUGACAUUGCCGGCCGCAACGGCGUUGGACGGGUAGAUAUUGUCGAGUCUCGUUUCAUCGGGCUCAAGUCGAGGGGCUGCUACGACUCCCCUGCCUUGACUGUGCUCCGCCUCGCACACCUUGACCUUGAAGGCAUGACCCUCGACUCCAGGGUCAGGCAAAUCAUGCACUGGAUCGGAAAUCAAUGGUCUCAAUGCCUCUACAAUGGCAUGUACUUCUCGCCGGAGCGCGAACUUCUCGAAAACUCCAUCAUCUACAGCCAAAAGCACGUCCAUGGCAAGGUUGACAUGAUGGUCUACAAGGGCGCAGCUCACGUCCUUUCCCGGUCUGCGCCUGAGAGCAAUCUGUACAGCGAGGAACAGGCCAGCAUGGACACCCUCGAAGGGUUCAGCCCCGAGGAUGCCAGUGGCUUCAUCGCGAUCCAGGCGAUCCGCCUGGAGAAGUAUGGUGCAGCCAAGAUCCAGCAGGGUGAACCCCUCGCUCGGGGAGCAUAG